AGAGACAGCAGAGAGCAGCCACAGCAGUAAGGCACUCAUCCGCUGCCUGGCUUUACAGUGAAGAAGACAGCAAGAAGAAAACACAGCGACGAAUUUUCCUCCGACUUUUGCACAGCUCAAGGCGCAUGCUCAGACUAACUGACGGUGCAGUUGUUUUAUUCAGGAACUCAGAGACACUGAACGGUUUUAAAGAUGACCACUUCAUGGAGUGACAGACUGCAGAACUAUGCAGACUUGCCUGCCAACAUGGAUGGGGUGACAAUGAAAAAAUACAGAAGAGAGCCAUACCACAGAGUGUUUGUCAACAGAAGCUUGGCAAUGGAGAAGAUUAAGUGCUUUGGCUUUGAUAUGGAUUACACUUUAGCAGUGUACAAGUCACCAGAGUACGAGUCAUUAGGUUUUGAGCUCACAGUGGAGCGGCUGGUUUCCAUCGGUUACCCCCAGGAGCUGCUCAGCUUUGUCUACGACCCAUCCUUCCCCACCAGGGGCCUUGUGUUUGAUACCAUGUAUGGAAACCUGUUGAAGGUUGACGCCUAUGGUAAUAUCCUGGUCUGUGUCCAUGGAUUCAACUUCCUCCGAGGCCCUGAGAUCCGUGAACGGUAUCCAAACAAGUUCAUCCAGAGAGAUGACACAGAGCGCUUUUAUAUCCUUAACACACUCUUCAACCUGCCAGAGACCUACCUCUUUGCUUGCCUUGUGGAUUUCUUUUCCAACUGUGACAGAUACACAAGCUGUGAAACCGGCUUCAAAGAUGGCGACCUCUUCAUGUCCUAUAAGAGCAUGUUCCAGGACGUCCGUGACGCCGUCGACUGGGUCCACUUCAAGGGUACACUGAAGGAGAAGACUGUUGAGAACUUGGAGAAAUAUGUAGUGAAAGAUGGGAAGCUGCCUCUUCUCCUCAGCAGGAUGAAUGAAGUAGCCAAGGUUUUCUUGGCUACCAACAGUGACUACAAAUACACUGAUAAAAUCAUGACCUACCUGUUUGACUUCCCCCAUGGUCCAAAGCCCGGUACCUCCCACCGGCCCUGGAAAUCCUACUUUGAUCUGAUCCUGGUGGAUGCCAGGAAGCCGCUGUUCUUUGGAGAGGGUACGGUGCUCAGACAAGUUGACACAACAACGGGGCGUUUAAAGAUAGGAACCUACACCGGACCUCUGCAGCAUGGCAUAGUCUAUUCUGGAGGUUCCUCAGACAUUGUGUGCGACCUGCUGGGGGCCAAGGGGAAGGACAUCGUCUACAUCGGGGACCAUAUCUUUGGAGACAUCCUCAAGUCCAAGAAGCGUCAAGGCUGGAGGACGUUCCUGGUCAUACCUGAGCUGGCCCAGGAGCUGCACGUGUGGACUGACAAGAGCUCGUUAUUCGAGGAGCUGCAGGGCCUGGACAUUUUCUUGGCAGAACUUUACAAACAUCUGGACAGCAGCAGUAAUGAGAGGCCCGACAUCAGCACUAUUCAGAGGAGAGUCAAGAAAGUGACACACGACAUGGACAUGUGCUACGGCAUGAUGGGCAGCCUCUUUCGCAGUGGCUCCAGACAGACCUUGUUUGCCUCUCAAGUGAUGCGUUACGCCGAUUUGUACGCAGCCUCCUUCAUCAACUUGCUGUAUUACCCUUUCAGCUACCUCUUCAGAGCAGCACAUGUGCUGAUGCCCCAUGAGUCAACAGUUGAACACGCCCACGUGGACAUGGACCUGGAGUCACCGCUGGCCACGCGCAACCGUACCCACUGCAGCGACUGCAAGGACCUGGAUUGCAAACGCAACCAGCUGACCCGCUCCUUCAGUGAAAUCAAACCUCCUAACCUGUUCCCCCAGACUCCCCAGGAGAUCACUCACUGCCACGAUGAGGAUGAUGAUGAGGAGGAGGAGGAGGAGGAGGAGGAGGAGGAAGAGGAAGAGGAAGAGGAAGAAGAAGAGUAAUAAGAUAGACAGAAAAAAAGCCACGUUCCUGUUCCUGCCCUCUCAUGUUUCCCUGUAGAGUCAGGUAGUUAUCUCUCUCAAAGUAAAGCAGGGAGGAUGAACAUCUCCAGUAUGUGUGUGUGUUUAUAUCAAUACUGUAUGCACACAAACACACAUGCACACAUACUGGUGGUUUCUGAGGAAAUUCAAAAGGACCAGUAGUGAGACAGAUCGUAUGACUGUCAGAAGACUGUACGCAUGCUUGGUCCUCUAAAUCCCAACUUCCUAGCUUCAUAAAAAAAAAAACAGAAAACAAAACAAAAUU